CAGAAGCACAUCAAGGGUGAGAGCAUCUCCCGGAUGCUGAGUCAGGCCAUCACCACCACCCGCACUGUGCACGCCGUGCUGGGGACCGCCGUGUUCUUCGAGUUCGCCCUGAAAAACCCCUACAGCGUCCAGCACACGGUGACCAUCGAGGUCGACCACCCUGAGCUCAGCGUCAUUCUGGAUGUGAGGGAGUGGCGUCACUUCAAGGAGCUGACCAAGAGCGUCACACCGGUGGAGGAGGAGAUGUUCCACCUCUGCCAGGACCACAAGCCUCAGGUCUACUUGCGCCCCAACGAGACCGUCCGCAUCCCCUUCAAAUACCAGACCUUCUCCGCGGACCCUGCCGUCGGAGCACAAACCCCGUUUGAGGGGCUGGAGGAGAAGCAUCGCUCUUGCAACUCCCUCCCUCUCCGGCUGACCCCGGCACAGGUCUCCUUCCAAGUGAGCGGGGGGAAGCCCAUCGCCCUCCUGCGCGUGAGGAAGCCUAUCGCCCUCCUGCGCGUGAAGGUGGAGCCGCAGCCUCAUGUGGUGGACCAGACCUUCCGCUUCUACCACCCAGAGCUCACCUUCCUGAAGAAGAGCAUUCGGCUGCCCCCCUGGCACACCCUCCCCGGUGCGCCGGUGGGGAUGCCGGGCGGGGAGCCCGAGAUGUUUGUUCGCUGCAGCGACCCUGACAUCAUCUGCGAAACCAAAACCAUGGGGCCCGGGGAGCCGCAGGACAUCUUCCUAAAAGUGGCUGGAGGACCGAGCCCGCAGAUCAAGAAGUUCUUUGUUGCUAUUUACACGGACACCUGGCUGGCGGCGCCCAUCCAGAUCUGGCAGUUCUACCUGCACUCGCUGCAGCGCCUGGACGUCAGCUGCACGACCGGGGAGCUCGCCCGCCUCUCCCUGCUGCUGCGCGGCACCCCGGCCCCGCGGCGGAAAAAAAACACCUCCCACCCCCACGAGCUGGAGGUGGAUCCCAACAGUGCCUUCCUUCUCCCGGCCAACGGCAUCCAGGACCUGUACGUCGGCGUGAGGCCGCGGCGGGCUGGCAGCAGGUUCAUCUACCUCAACCUCGUGGACGUGGAGUCCCACCAGCUCGUCUCCUCCUGGCUGCUCUGCCUCUCCUGUCGCCAGCCCCUUGUCUCCAAGGCGUUCGAGAUCUCGCUGCCGGCGGGAGGCGGGAGAGGCUGCAACAAGCGCAUCACCUACACCAACCCCUACCCCUCGCCCAGGCUCUACUUCUUGUGCACCAACCGCCCCGAUCUCCUGCAGUUCAAGGAGGACUCCUUUGAGGUUGCCGGUGGGGAGGUGUACACCAUCGGCUUGCGGUUCGCCCCGAGCCAGGGCACGGGCGAGGAGGAGAUCCUGGUUCACAUCAACGACCACGAGGACAAGAACGAGGAAACCUUCUGCGUGAAGGUCCUCUACCAGUGA